AUGUCCGAAAUCACACCAGAGGGUCGAGUUCCUGCAGAAAUGAUUCCCCCAUUGGAUCCGUCGCUGUUGAAGUUGUCCGAUGUGGAGACGGAGUUUCUUCAUGCGACCAUUACUCAGGACGACGAGGAAUUGCAACGGAGAAUCCUCGGAGUGCAGAAAGAAGCAUAUGACAUGUAUCCAUACCCGUGCAUCCGCGCGUUCCACUAUGUCAGCCUCAUGAUGUGCGGCAAUUCCAUCUAUCCGAUGGUACUGGCUGCUGGGAAGUCCGGAAAUACAAGGUUCCUCGACUUGGGGUGCUGCAUGGGGAGCGACGUUCGGAAGCUGGCCUACGACAGCUACCCCGUCGCGAACAUUCUUGGAUGUGACCUCAGGCAGGAAUACAUCGAUACGAGUCACAAACUUUACCAAGAUGUGUUGACGUCCCCCAUCCACUUCUUCACCUCCAACAUCUUCGACGUCCCCGUGUUUUUCACUGCAACCAGUAACGCCGUACCUGUCGCAGGUCACCAAUCUCUCCCAGCUGCGAGGUACGGUAACGCACAUCUAUACAGGAGCGUUGUUCCAUCUGUUCUACGAGGCGACGCAGAACGCGAUCGCCCUCGGUCUGGCUGUACUCCUGAAGAGGGAACGCGGGGCCAUCAUCUUCGGGAGACAUUGCGGGUUGGUGAAGGAGGGUAUGAUCGACGAUCACUUGGGCCGGACGCGCUACGGCCACUCCCCGUCAUCCUGGCAUAA